AUGGCAUUGGAUGAUGUUAGAACAGUAGGAGAACAAAAGGACGGAUCUGGAGAGGGGGAAGGAAAGGAAGAUAAGGAGAAGGGAUUUACGGACUCUUUGCUGGAGACUUUUUCGACUCUGGGAAACUCGGUUCGCGGUUUAUGCGUAGAGACCGGAAACACCCUAAGAGGCUGUGCCUAUCCCAUAAAGGAAAAGGUUGUUAAGGUGUACGACGACGUUGUGAGCAGUUUCAAAACCAAAGGUACAAGAAACAAACAUAGUUACACUAACGUUUCGAGGUUCGGGAAUGAAUCCUCAACCACUCCUAAAUCGACCGAUUCCUAA